UUAUUCGCACGUCGAAGUGCAACUACAAAUAAAUAAUUCGUAUAAGUGCCGUACUUGAAUUCCGUUAAUCUGUCUACCCCGUUCUGAUACGGGUAAUCUAAUCUGUGCAGCAGUAGUGAGUGUUCCGGUUAAGUUGUUUGUUGCCGAUUGUUGCGCUGCUGUACACUUUGUUGUCACGGGCGCGCUUUCAUCGGUGGCGAUGUUUCAAACCAACCAAGUGAUAUUUUUAUGAUCGUUGCCAUUUACACACUACACAUAGGUACCGAACAGGGCUGUAUUGCGGAUUGAUCGUGUGGAAUGUACUACAAUGAGAUGAGAUGCAAAGGGAAGUGAUUACGGUGGAGUGUAUCAUUCACCCACAGAUAGGAACAGUAUAGAAGAGUACAAUCGAACGAUUCUAUUAUCGUUCAGACGGGCGUACACGGUAGGAGGAAUAGAACAAGUAGGAAGUAUAGAACAACAGAACAACAUCUUGUUCGUACGAUUUCGCCACGAGAGAACAAAUCCUGAAAGUGAAUAUUGGCCAGUCGACAAUAACUGAUAAGAGGCGCCCCGUACAUUGCGAUCCAGCACGCUAGAGCGAGACGCCACAUACUUUCACAAAUCGAAUAUGCAUUACGACGGCGCGCGACGUGUUUGCGCACAGUCAGUGUACCCCCGGAACCCGCCCGUCGAUCUGCCCUUGCUUAAGUGAGCUGCUCCCUUUGGCUCGUUGACAAACGGGUCUUAUUUGCCGCUUGUCGCUAUUGCCCACGUUCUUGUAAACCGGUUAGAACAGGCUCAUCUUUCGAAGCAGACAGAUAGAGUGCCGUCUUGUAGCGGAGGUCGAGACGAGUGGUUCCCGGGUUAAUUUGCGGAGCGUAACGGCAAUUUUGUUGCCACCGCUGUCCACAUUCAAGAACUGUCCGGCGCGAGAUACAGUCGAUUACAAACGAAACAGUCCGCUCGUGUGCACGCAGGGAACUAGUGAAGGUCAAUACAGGGGGUGCUAAGGUGAUUUCGAUUGAAGCACAACAACCAUCCGCCGGUGAAAAUAAUGGUAAUCAACUUUGGGGCAGGUCCAGCGAAGUUGCCUCGCGAGGUGUUGGUGGAAGUACAGAAAGACCUUGUCGAGUAUGGAACUAGUGGUAUGAGUGUGAUGGAAAUGUCCCAUCGCGGAAACACCUAUGUUGCCCUGCAUGACAACACAUUGGCUCUGGUUAAGGAACUGCUUGAUGUGCCGGAUAACUAUAAAAUCCUGUUGAUGCAAGGAGGAGGAACGGGACUGUUUGCUGCCGUUGCGAUGAAUCUUAUCGGUAAAACGGGAAAGGCGGACUACCUUGUUACGGGAAGCUGGUCUUCGAUGGCCGCCAAAGAAGCGGCACGGUACGGAACGGUUAAUUGGGUUGUGCCCAAGCAGGAUAAGUAUACCGGCAUUGCGGAUCCGACUCAAUGGAAGCUUGACCCGGAAGCCUCGUACGUGUAUUACUGUGACAAUGAAACAAUUGGUGGAAUCGAAUUUGACUCGGUGCCAGAAACCAACGGCGUGCCGUUGGUGGUGGAUAUGUCUUCAAACAUGAUGUCUCGACGAAUUGAUAUUAAGAAAUUUGGCGUUAUCUUUGCCUGUGCGCAGAAGAACAUCGGCCCAUCCGGUAUUACAUUAGUGAUAGUGCGCGAAGAUCUGAUUGGGCACGCAAUGCCAAUUACUCCGACAAUUUUUGAUUUUAGUGUCAUCGCUAAAGCCAAUUCAAUUAGCAACACGCCGCCAACGUUUAUCAUCUAUGUGAUGGGACGGGUGUUUGCUUGGAUCAAGCGCAACGGUGGCGUUGAUGAGAUGUACCGCCAGUCAAUGGUUAAGUCGCAGUUAAUAUACGAUGUGGUUGCGAAAUCUAACGGAUUUUACUUCUGCCCGGUGGAAGCAAAGGUGCGCAGCCGAAUGAACGUGCCAUUUCGCGUCGGAGGUCCGAAUGGAGACGAAGAGCUCGAGAAACAAUUCUUAAAAGGCGCAGAAACCCUCGGCAUGCAACAGCUGAAGGGUCACCGUUCGGUCGGUGGGAUUCGUGCCUCCCUGUACAAUGCGGUUACGGUCGAGGAAACGACGGCCUUGCAACAGUACAUGCUGGAAUUUUUGAAGAAGCAUCAAAAAUCUUAAAAACCUAGUGGUCAGUUUAUUGCCGUAUACCAUCGGGCGGCACGCAGUUUACUUGCUAAGUAGUAAAAUAUACAUUUAAUUGACAUUCUCCUGCCGAAAUAUAUCAUCCAGAAUGGAUUCUAACGAUUCGUUCGUUCCCUUUA